AUCCGAAGGUGGGCUGUCUCCGCUGCCGGUUGUUCAGUUUUCCACUUCUGGUCCAUACAGGCAGAUUGUGCGUUCUCACCCAACGGUUUCGUUAAUUUAUUUGCAGACCAGCAGCGUACUAAACGCAAAAAAUCUCAAUUGUUAACAUGAACUCGAGAGUUGCUCUUACAUUGUUACUUGUGGCGGUGCACGCGUAUGCCCGUCAUCCCGUGGACAGUGAUUUAGAUAGCGAUUGGAAAGCGUGGAAAAUUCAACAUGGAAAAACAUACGCCGGCGAAGAGGAACACCAUCGACGUAUAACGUGGGAAAACAAUGUCAAACAAAUUACACAUCAUAACAUUCAGUACAGCUUGGGAAAAACCACCUACACUAUGGGGGUCAACCAGUUCACCGAUCUGACACUCGAUGAGUUCUCUCGACUAAGUCGGACAUUCACUGCCUCGCCGCGUACCGGUCUCCGCCACAAACAUCGCCGCCAUCAUCACAAACAGCAUUCCGAUGCCGCUUGCAAGCCAACAUUACUGGACGAAGUGAGCGUCCCGGACGCUGUCGACUGGCGAACGGAAGGCUACGUGACCGUGGUACGAAGCGAACAAGGCUGCAUCAGUUCCCAGUACUUCGCCAUUAACGGCGCCCUCGAAGGUCAAUGGUUCCGCAAAACCGGGCAGUUGAACGCACUGAGUGAACAGAAUCUCAAAGACUGUUGUGAAAAAGAUCCCACCAAAUGUUCCACCUAUGUUAACGGAACGUGCACUCUGGAUGAAACCUACCAGUACCUAAAAAUCAAUGGUGUUGAAACGCUCUCGGACUAUCCUGAUUCGGCACAGCCCGGCAAAUGCGCCUAUGAUCCCAAAAAGAGAGCGGCCACUCUUAGCGGUUACGACUUCAUCGACGCCACGGAAAAGCAACUGAAAGUAGCUGUGGCCAGCAUUGGUCCGAUUGCAUCGGCUAUGGAUUCUUCGCAGCCGUCAUUCAUGACGUAUGCCGGUGGAGUGUACAAUGAACCGAACUGCUCCAGCACGAAUCUUGAUCAUGCCGUGCUGAUUGUCGGCUACGGCACCGAUCCGACGGCAGGUGACUAUUGGAUCGUGAAGAAUUCCUUUGGUCCAGACUGGGGCCUGAAGGGCUAUAUUUUGAUGUCAAGGAACAAAAACAACCAAUGCGGAAUUGCUACCACUACGACGUAUCCGUAUUUUUCAUGUUAAAAUUAUUUUGUGAAUUUUGCAUCUGCCAGUUCUCAGAUAGUCGGGAAAACUACAUUAUUUGACAAAGCUAAUUGUGACUGUUCUAUGAACAGCUUUUCAUAGUUAUUUGUCAGGCUUUCGGCAGCCGACAGCUAGUGUGAUGUUAUUACUGUGAUUUUGAUUACAAUGCAAUCAGUUUGUUGUGUGCUGGAUGCUAAUCUACAAAAGAUUACUAACGGCAA